GAAAAGACUAUCACACGCUAACAUCAAUUAAAACCAGUUUAUCUGCUCUGGCAUACAUACCGUACACCUAGUUCAAUCACAUCUUCUUGAGUGAAAUCUUAUCACCCGUAUCACCAGCUGUUGGACAAUUCAGUCUCUCGUUACAUUAGCAGCGGAGUGGUUUCAAUUACUUUUCAUCGGAAAAUCAUGUCUUCUAAAUCGGAUAGUAACGAUCCCAAUGUUAUAUACGGUGGUCCGCUUCCAGCGGCAUACAACCGCGGUUGCCGUUCACUUGGAGAAUUGAUCAUAAAAGAGUUGUCACGGGAACCGGACAAGGUGGCACUCGUAAAUGGAGUCACCUGUUUGCAGCUGACCAACGGAGGCAUUCUGGAGCAAUCGUUGGCCAUCGCGGAACAAUUGAACGAGUUUGGGGUGGGUCGCAAUGAUGUCGUGGCCAUAGUGAGCGAAAAUCGAUUCGAGUAUCCGAUCGCGAUCUACGGUGCGCUCUUUCUCGGAGCAGCUGCAGCGCUCUUCAAUCCAGGUUACUCAGAACGCGAGAUGGAACACGCUAUCAGGCUGGCAAAACCGAAAGUCAUCUUUGUUUCAGCGCAAUCCAACCUGAGGGUUCAGAAAGCCUGCUUGAAAAUUAGAAGACCUGUUAAGUUUAUUCACUUCGACAAUGGUACCGGUGGGCGAUCAUGGCAAGAUUGUUUGGAAGGCUCCAAUCGUCGGCAUACUCUGUCUGAUUUUACUCCCGAUUCGCUAAAAUUAGACAACCAUGUGGCGUUGAUUGUAAUGUCUUCGGGAACAACCGGACUGCCGAAAGCAGUGCAAAUCACCCAACGUAAUGUGCUGACAACAAACUUUUUUCUGGAAACAUUUUUGAGCAAAAUAAGUACCGAUCAAGAGGAGCUGGUAGCAGUAGAUAUUCUGCCUUGGUUUCACGUCGCAGGUGGAGUCACCAUGAUCAAUUGCUUGCUCAACGGGAUGCGACUUGUUUAUCUACCAAAGUAUGUCCAACGAACUUACUUGGCGUGUAUCGAAAAAUAUCGACCCAACACAUUGAACAUGGUUCCACCGAUUGCCGUGUUUCUUGCCAAAAACGCUAUGGUGGAUGAAUACGAUCUCUCGUCUGUCAAAACGAUUAUUAGUGGUGCCGCUCCUUUGAGCCGAGAGGUUGAGGAUUUGAUCCGAUCUCGUUUGAAGGUGUCUUCGGUGCGCCAGGCUUUUGGCAUGAGUGAAACGACCUUAGCGAUCCUUGCCCAAGUAGAUGAGCAGAACAAACCGGGCAGCGUUGGCAAAAUACGAGAAGGUCAGUGGGUCAAGGUGAUCGACACGGAAACGGGGCGAUCGCUGGGCCCAUUUCAGAACGGAGAACUUUGCUUCAAAGGUACUUUGAUUAUGAAGGGAUACAUUGGGCAAGAGCAAGCGUUUGAUGAGGAUGGAUGGUUACGCACAGGAGACGUCGGAUAUUACGAUAAUGAACAAAACUUCUACAUUGUCGAUAGGUUGAAAGAAUUGAUUAAGUACAAAGCAUUCCAAGUUCCUCCAGCUGAGUUAGAGGCAGUCUUGCUAUCGCACUCAAAGGUUAAGGAUGCAGCUGUAAUUGGCAUACCGGACGACAAGGCUGGAGAACUACCCAUGGCUUUUAUAGUGCCUGCUGACGGCGAACAGAUAAACGAACAGGAAAUAAUCAAAUUUAUGAAUGGUCAGAUGUCAGUACAAAAACAGCUUCACGGAGGGGUACGAUUUAUCAAAGAAAUACCGAAAACCGCUAGUGGUAAAAUUCUCCGCAGAACGCUUCGUGAAUUGGCCAAAAGCAAAUCCAAACUUUAAUUCUAGCUAACGGUUUUUCAUCAAUUAUUUUAAAAUAAACUAUAUUUCAGCCACACUAAAAAUGGGGCGUACUUUUUCUACCGAAACGGUUAGCUAAAACACAAAAGUAAUUAGUAUUUCCUGUGGUAUUUAGUUCAACGCAAAACAGCAUAAAAAAAUCCAGAAUCGACAAAUCUCCCUUCAAUUGUCACAAUUUGAAUACAUCAGAGCAAACCAAAAAUAGCGCACCAAAGCCACAGUCUUACAAAUGGACCGUAAAAAUGCUUUCUUCCUGAUGAAAUUGUGCGAGAACGAUGAGUGUCUCUUGCGUUAGGAAUGACUCUCGAGUGCCUACGGCCGCCUACCAUCGUUGCUCUGGUGCCAGGCAUUUUGUAAGUCAACAGGAUAGGAAACGGAGUGCUAAUGCGAAAUGGUAUUUCCUUCCGUUGGACAUUUUCCUACUAG